UGAAGUUGUUUUGUGAAACCGACAAGAAGCUGAUCUGUGUGAUUUGUGCAGCUGGGCGGGAACACAAGUCUCACAGCUUCAUGCCGGUAGAUGAAGCUGUUGAAAUCUACAAGGAACAGGUGAAAUCUGCCUUCGAAUCUCUCACUGAAAAGGAAUCAGACAUCCAGGAAAUGGAGCAGGAACAGAAAGAGAGCAUUUCUGGAGUCCAGGAAGAGUCACACAGCCUUCAGUCGCAGGUCACAUCCCAGUUUGCUGAACUGCACCAGAUUCUCACUGAGAAAGAGCAGCGCUUACUCGGAGAUAUCCGGGAGAAGAGGCGAAGAUUGUGAAAACAAUGGAGAGAAAAAUCUUCAAGAGAUUCAAGAGAAUUUAAAUUCCAUUCAGGAGGAACUCUCGAAGUUACAGGAACAGAUAGACCACAAGGAC